GUCGCCCACCAUCUUCACACCCAACGACGAUGAGUACGGAUCACCGUGGCUGGCACGCCGAGUUGGACCGGCAGUGGGAUGUUCUUGGGCCAUUCCCCGUCCACGCUCGCGAACAGCACUUCCUGUCCCCAGCAUACCCUCUAGACUGAAAUGUCCCUCCCGAUCCCACCUGCUUCUGAUUCAAAUUCGACGUAUCCAUCUUCGUUGCCUCCCUCCGCUGGCGUUUCGUGGACGCGAACUACAGCUGAUCAUCGUGGAAAGAUUCUCGUCUCGUACCCAUCUGUACCCUGGGAGCAGAUACGUGCAACAGAGGGUUGGGCAGGCUACCAACACGUCAGUGUCCUCAGGGGUUGGUUGACUGUCUACCCCCCACCCGGUACCUGUAUCCCCGAGGGUGGUCACUUCGACCCAUUCCUCCGCGUGGACCUCCUUCGCGGCGCGUUCUUCACCGUUCUCCCGCCUCCUACAUCUGUGGAACGAAAGGAACAUAUACCUGAAUGGCAUAUGGGUAACGUGUAUGCGAUGUCAAGGGUACCAACGCAACUGGUGAAGCUGCCUGCUUCGCCUAGGGCAAACAUGGGCGAGGAGGGGACGAAGUAUGAAGUGAUAAUUUGCGGAGCAUAUGAGAAUCGUUUGUUCGGGGAUCCAAGUACAUACAAGUCCCCAUAUCCGAUUCUAGACAUCAUAGUCUCCGUCGAACUAGAAUUUCCUUCUGCACUGCUCCAAUCCUUGGGUCCUCCGUCCUACUGCCUGUCAACGCUUCCUCUUCAACAUUCACCGGAACACUCCAUCACACCUCACAUUGUCGCCGGAAAGCCCUUCGGCGAGGCCAUCGGAAUCGGCGUACGAUCAAUCGACUUUGGCGAAUCGGGGUGGUGGACUGUCACAGAUGCUCGAUUGCUCACCAGCACCAGUGUCGGUUCCCUUACUUUGACGCUCCUGGAGCCCAUCCGGAUAGCCCCCACCCAGACACGCAUUGUUCCCCUUCGCAUAACCUUGCUCGACAAUGAGUACAUUUCAGAGAAGGUGACGGAACUCGUUGUCGAGCUUACAUGUUUGCGCUCUGACCAUGCGGUUCAUACGUCGGAAACAACGCAUGCCAAGGAAGUUGUGCUGAGUGUGACCGUCCCACUCGAUCAUAUUCGCCUCUGGACACAGAACAAUUACACACCAAUUCGUGCUACCUACUUCUUUGCACGAUCCAUGGUAACAGCAUUCGCCCUCGUCCCCCCCAAAUUUCCGUUUGCAAAACCAAACUGUGAUGGAUAUGGAGAUAAUGGGUCCGAAUGUGCGGGGAACGAACCAAUACUCGCUCUACACGGAGCUAGCGUAGACAUCCUUGCCCAACCUUGGUGGCCCGAUUCGCUGCCACGACAGAAGCAUGCGUGGAUUGUCAUGCCUCAGGGAAGAACCGAGUGGGGCUUAGACUGGCACGGACACUCGGCAACCGACGCGUUCUCAGCUGUAACGGCACUCUCGCGCAUUCUCGCUUGCGGUCCUUUUGAGUGGAGAAAUCGGGGGUUCAAUGCUGACACGCGUGUCGUGCUCGUUGGUCAUUCUAAUGGUGGCCAGGGUGCAUGGUACAUCGCAGCGAGAUGGCCUGAUCGAGUGUGUGGAGUGAUCCCAGCUGCGGGGUACAUCAAGUCUCAGGCAUACGUACCAUGGAACAUGAGUAGGUUCUCUCACUUCGCCGAUCCCUUCCUUCGCGCCGUGCUCGAAACGUCACUCACACCUGACGAUAACGACCUCUUUCUGUCGAACCUUGUGGGAACACCUAUAUUGGCAUUGCAUGGAGGCGAUGAUGACAAUGUUCCACCGUGGCAUACUCGCGAGUUAGUGGGGGUACUGAAGACUUGGAACCGGGAUGCAGACAUUACCCACUACGAAGAUCCCGGUCGUCCACACUGGUAUCCAGAGAUGUUAAAAAGCAACCGUGUGCAGGCUUUCCUGGAUAGGCUAUACUCACCCUCCCCUGAACCGCCGCUUAAUCAUAACUCAGACAACAAUUCUACAUCAGCGAGAAGGCAAGACCGCUUUACCCUCACGGUUUCCAUCCCGCACGAGAGCGGUCCGAUGUGUGGUUGGCGAAUCUGCGCUUUGAGUACACCCGGACUCCUGGCUCGUUUGGAGGUGUCGCCUACACGAUCAGACGGGCGCAUAUUAGUACGAACAACUAACGUGUCUAUCUUUUCGCUUGAUCUGCAGGCAUGGCUCGAUGCGCGUCGUAGAAACUUAGGAUUCACAGAGAGUGGUGAAGGUAAUGGGGGCAGGGAGGUCAGGAAAUGGCAUGUUGUCUUCAUCCUUGAUGUAGACGGGGACGAACUGGCGGUAGAAAUGGAGGAUGAUGCAGGCGGGACUAUAUUGUUUGCAAGGGACAGGCCGUCAUCGGAUAAUGAAAGUCGGUCGAUGUGGAAGAUCCUUCCGGAGGGAACCCACGAUCCGGUCACACCUCAGCCCCGUCAGCGUCUCCAAGCAAUAUUAUCUAGCACUGCUCCAUUGACAUUGCUUGUCCCGUCUUUCUCACUCCCACAUGAGCUAUCAGCAGCCCUCCGCAUUUCGUAUGCAUUACGUUUAUACCAUUCCCUCGACGCCCAGAUAAUAUCAUUACAAGAGCUCAACUCGUUUGCCGACGUCGGCGAGGGUAAUCUGGUUGUGAUCGGAUGCGCCAAGGAAUCCACUCGUGCAGGCCUGGCUCGAACGGGCGGGAAGCGCCUGGAAGUUCAAGGACGGUUCCUGGUGCUUCAGCGAAAGGCGGAGAUUCAGCAGACCGUCGUCAGGUAUGCCUCUUCUUAUUCCUUAGCACGUACGGUUUGAUAUAUAUGACCGCAUCGGCACGCGCAGCGAUACUGUUUCUCCAACCGCAUCCUACCAAUCCCACAGCGACGUCGCUUUUCCUGGAAUAUACA